UUCCUUAAACCCUACAGGGAAAGAAACCCUAAUCACAGCCAUCAGUGGUCAGACAGGCACUCUUUGCCGCGUGUAGCAGAAGAAGAACAGAAGAAGAAGAUGGGAAGCGAUAGCGAAGCAGAGAAGUCAACUCAGAAGGAGAGGGAGAGGAAGAAGAUGCUAGCUGUCGCUCCCAUUGCCAGACCCCUUGCAGGAAAGAAACUUUGCAAGCGAACCCUCAAGCUUGUCCGCAGAGCUUCUGAACACAAAUGCUUAAAAAGAGGAGUAAAGGAGGUUGUCAAAAGUAUAAGGCGCGGUCAUAAAGGCUUUUGUGUUAUAGCUGGGAACAUAUCUCCUAUUGAUGUCAUCACCCAUGUUCCAAUCUUGUGUGAAGAAUCUAACAUUCCCUAUAUAUAUGUUCCCUCAAAAGAAGAUCUUGCAAAUGCAGGGGCAACCAAGAGACCAACUUGCUGUGUUCUGGUGUUAACCAAGCCUGCCAAGGGGGAACUAGGUGCAGAUGAACAGGAGAAACUAAAGGCAGAAUAUAACCAGGUUGUAACAGAAGUGAAUGAAGUUAUGGCUUCGCUUUUCUGAGAGAAGAGAUUUUCUUUUAUUGAUUACUGAUAUCCUUUACUUUAGCUUCUUUUUAUUUUGCUUGUUCAUGUACGAUGUUUCAAAGGAUAGGUAAUUUUGUUAUGUAUCUUAAAAAUUCAGUAGGCAAUAUUGAAUAUUCUCUGAGUAGUAUCUUGUGUCCGCAUGUACGCUCUGAGUGUUUGAACAUGUCAAGAAUUGAGAGAAUUUAAGGAAUAUAUCUUAGUAACAUUUUAUAUAA